UAUUUGAUAGUCGCAGGAAAGUGACGUAGCUGUGAGGUCGAAGCUGAAUAUGGCCGUGUUUCUGAGAGGACUGCGGGCUGGAAGAGUCCUCCGAGGGCUGAGCAGCGUGGUCGCUGCACCAACAACAACAAAUCCCCAGUUCAGCAGCUUGAGACGAGGCUUUCGCUGUGCAGCUCUGAGGCUCCAGGAUGAAUCCAAAUCUGACAAAUCCACUUCUUUUUCAUCAUCAUCCUCAUCAUCCUCAUCCCACCAUGAGCAUUACCAGGCUUAUUCAGCUGAACAAAAUACAGAGACAGCUUCCCAGUAUGAUUCUGAUCCAACAGCAGAGGGGACAAACAUCGGUGACCAGGGGCAGGAAGAGUAUGAAACAGAGGAGCAGCUGCGUGCUCGUCUCUUGACUGCAGCUCUGGAGUUUGUCCCGCAGCACGGCUGGUCAAUGGAAGCUAUCGCAGCCGGUGCAGAGUCUCUGGGUUUGUCUUCAGCAUCCACUGGCAUGUUCUCUAACGGAGCAGGAGAUUUGGUCCUACAUUUCAUUGCCCAGUGCAACGCUAAUCUGACAGAGAUCCUGGCUGAUCAACACAAUCAGGUCCAGCAAGGCCAGGUCGAACCAAAGAAGACUGCAGAAUUUCUAAAAGAUGCAGUAGAGACCAGACUUAGGAUGUAUAUUCCUUACAUUGAAGCAUGGCCACAGGCAAUGAGCAUCUUGCUCCUUCCUCACAACAUCCCCGACAGUCUGAAGCACCUGUCCACCAUGGUGGACGACAUCUGGUACUAUGCUGGAGACCGAUCCACAGACAUGAACUGGUACACCAAACGUGCAGCGCUGACAGGUAUUUUUAACACUACAGAGCUGGUGAUGCUUCAAGAUUCCUCCCCAGACUUUGAAGACACAUGGAAGUUCCUUGAUAAUCGCAUACAAGACGUAGUCAACAUGGCCACCACAGCCAAGCAGGUGCAGGCAACUGGUGAAGCUGUGGUGCAGGGGCUCAUGGGAGCUGCUGUCACACUGAAGAAUCUCACAGGACUAAACCAGAGGCGAUGAUGUAAACAUCUUUCUUGUCACACUGAACCUAAGCAUUGGGCUCAUGAGCUCUAGAUCAAUUUAUUUUGCUUCUAUAUUUUUGUUUAUUUGCAUGCUAUGGCUCAAACAGAAAUAAAUUAUGGCUUUAACAAGUAAA